AUGUCUUCAGAAUACCGCAGGGAACUCAUCAAAGCUGGAAUUGUGAAUUACUGGAAUCGAAAGUCGCUUUCUAAAAAUGUUGGAUUAUUUAAUUGCCUUCGACAAAUAGACACUAAGUUAGAUUUAAAGCUGGAUGAAAAGCGAGAAGUUCAUGCAGCUUACUUUAAUCAUCUCUUUAAUCUUUCUAAAGAAGAAUCGAUCAAUAAGAUGUUACGAAACAAAGCAAUAGUUAACUCUUCCGAAAUAACAAGAUUCUGGGAAAGUAAGAAAGAAAAGACUUACAGGAAAACUUUGGACGAACAUACGCGAAGAGAAAAGGAGUAUUUGAGCUCCCUUCAUCUCGCACAAUUACAGGAUGAAGAUAAUAAGAAGGAACGUGAAACCGAUAAAGAUGAGGUCGAUAAAGAUGAUGUCGAUAAAGAUGAGGACGAUAAAGAUGAUGUCGAUAAAGAUGAUGUCGAUAAAGAUGAGAACGAUAAAGAUGAUGUCGAUAAAGAUGAGGACGAUAAAGAUAAAGACGGUGGCUCAUUAGCUACAAUGAAUGGUGAUAUCUUCGUCCCAGAUGAAGGCUUCAAAUUUGUUGAAAGACAUGAACCGGACACUAUAAGUCGGACAAAACGCUGGAUUUUAUCAAGUGGAACCGAUGUGGGUCAAGUAUUGGACGCUUAUAGAUGUCUAAUACCUGAAUCAGAAAAAUGCGUGAAUCCUGUUUACUGGGGAAUCCUCGAUCUCACCGGGACUCACCCAGAAACAAAACAACUAUUCUCUACGGAAGAUUGGACUGAGAUGUUGAAAAGCUUCGAGGACGAAAUAGAAACUAUUGAAGAAAAUAUACCUGACGUUGUAUAUUUGUUCUUCGAUGAAAUUGAGCAGAUAAUAAAGAAUAAUGAGAGGAGUGAGGAUAUUGUAACGAAGAUUGACGGGAUUUCUUCACAGAAAAUAGAAGCAAAGUACGAGAUCACACUCGAUGAACAAGAUAAAGACUAUAUAUUUGAAAUCAAGAGAGCGGUCUUGACAUAUGCGGAGAACUUAGCCGAUGUUGAUUUGCCGGUCUCGGAGUCUGCUUUUGAUAAUUCGUUUACAAAUAUGCUGACAAGGAGAUUUCUCGAUAAGUCCGAACUGAAAAUGGACUCAGGAGAGAUCUGUUCCUGGGCUUCGGCUCAACGACGUAACGAAGGUCGCUCAAUUACACUCCGUGCCCGAGUGGGGCAAAAAUGCGACUUUCGGGGAACGUUAAAACACAGUAUAAAUAAGUUAGAAGCGAUAACAGGCCUCCGAAGCGGUGGUCUCCCAGAACCACAUCGUAAAAAAAUUUUUUUGGAUAGUCUUGACUUAUCCAUAACGAUGAGGGAUAUCCUUCACGCAUUUUUCAACUCCAAUGCGAACGCAUCGGAUGAAGAUUUACAUAAAAUAUUUGUUCUUGGAGUCCAGUCAUGGGGCUGGACACAUAAGAUCGUUGCUAUGGAUUGCAAAGGGACGAACAUUUGUAGGUAUGGGAAGUUGUGCACAACAGCCUUGCCCAAUUCCAUAAGAACACUCGCAUGUCUAGAAAAGUUUUACGUAGAAAUGAAAAAUGUUAAAGCUACCCUUAACUACAUAUGCAAUAAAGCAAAUAACAUUGCUUUAUCCCAUGCUCGAGCACAUAGAAGAAAGCGAAAGGGAAAGAAUCGAGAAGAACAUGCCAAUAUUGAGGUUGGAGGCUGUUUUGGCAAGAUUACUGGAACACCUUACUCAAAAAAGUCACGAAUAUUGGAAAUUUAA